UCGAGAGAGAGAGAGAGAGGGAGCGUGCGAGAAAAUGAAAAUGGGAGAAGACGCCGCCUCCUCCGUCUAAAAAAACCCUUGCUUUUUCUUUUUCAUGGCCGCAAGGCCUUUCCGAAUCUUCUCCCCAUCUUCUCGCCUCUCUCAUCUCGUUCUCCCACGCCAAAAAAGCAUCUCCUGCUCGGCACCUCCCCUCGCACACCCCGCCCGCACAGCCACGCCCGAGCACGAAACCCUGGCGCAGAAGAUCGGGAAAUCCAUCCGCAGGCCCGGCGCCACGUCCAAGGCCAGGGUCCAUGCCGACGUCAACGUCCUUCGCCCCAAGGACUACUGGGACUACGAGUCCCUUACCGUCCAGUGGGGGUAUUUUCAGAGCAGGACGAUUAUGAAGUGGUCAGGAAGGUCGGGAGAGGGAAAUACAGCGAAGUGUUCGAAGGAGUGCAUUGCACGAACAACGAGCGGUGCAUCAUCAAGAUCCUUAAGCCUGUGAAGAAGAAGAAGAUCAAGAGGGAGAUAAAGAUCCUGCAGAACCUAUGCGGUGGCCCAAACAUUGUGAAGUUGCUUGAUAUUGUCAGAGAUCAGCAGUCGAAGACCCCCAGUCUAAUAUUUGAAUAUGUCAACAAUACUGAUUUUAAAGUGCUUUAUCCAACGCUAACUGACUACGACACUCGAUACUACAUAUACGAACUGCUGAAGGCUUUGGACUAUUGUCACUCACAAGGUAUUAUGCACCGAGAUGUGAAGCCGCACAAUGUCAUGAUUGAUCACGAGCAGCGUAAGCUUCGCCUUAUUGACUGGGGACUUGCAGAGUUCUAUCAUCCUGGGAAAGAAUACAAUGUGCGUGUUGCUUCAAGGUACUUCAAAGGCCCGGAGCUCCUUGUUGAUCUGCAAGAUUAUGAUUAUUCCUUGGAUCUGUGGAGCCUUGGGUGUAUGUUUGCUGGAAUGAUAUUCCGUAAGGAGCCAUUUUUCUAUGGGCAUGAUAAUUAUGAUCAACUGGUCAAAAUUGCCAAGGUACUCGGGACAGAUGAAUUGAGUGCGUAUCUAAGCAAAUACCGUUUGGAGCUCGACCCACACCUUGAGGCCCUUGUUGGGAGGCAUAGCCGGAAGCCAUGGACGAAGUUCACUAAUGCUGAUAAUCAGCACUUGGCAGUUCCUGAGGCGAUUGACUUCCUCGACAAGCUGCUCCGAUAUGAUCACCAGGAAAGGCCAACUGCAAAGGAAGCCAUGGCCCAUCCCUACUUCAAUCCAGUGAGAAGUGCAGAAAGCAGCAGGUCUCGUGCCCAGUAGCACGGAUCACAUGGUGCUCCUGAAAAGAAUGUUCUCAUGCCUGGUGGGGCCGCUUUGUGUAAGUUCAACUGCAUUUUUAUGUGGAUGAUUUUCUUUUUCUUUUUUCUUUUUUUGGCAGCAAUGGCCUUCAAGCAUAUUGCGUUAUUAGGAAGAUCUGCAAUAUUUAGUCCUCGUCCAACUAUGAUUGUUGAAUUUGGAUUAAGCCUUUUCUAUAUAUGUUUUUAUUGCCUUC